CAAAGGUCACUGAAAAAGCUGCAAUGUUUAGCACAGCAGUCGUUGGACACGUGGCCACAGGUUGCUGAAAACCAACCGGUGUUGCUGUCUGUCACUGUCACAGUCAUGACAGUGGUCUGCAGCUCGGCACGCAUCUCGCUGAGGUAAAACGCCAUCCACCUCCUGGGACAAAGUCAGCUCAUACUCUACGUCACUUUAGCCAUAAUGAUAUGAUUUGUAUUAAACUGCCCACAGUGCCAAGAUGUUCUUCAGGUGACUGAGCUGACCUCCUCACAACAAACAAGACAGAAUUUUUUGCAUGAUUAUUUUUCGCAGGAUGUUUUGAGCUGACCUACUUUCUUUGCGUUCAUUCGCCCAUACUUCAGAACUAACACGUCUUUUUUUUCUGUUUACUGCUGAGAGCAAAACCACAGAGACAGUGAGCUCAGCCCUGCUCAGGGAGACAAGGGUUUAACCGCUGUGAGAGAGACACGUCUUCAUCACUACAUGGUACCAUGGGACACGCACCUCUUCUGUGGCUGCUCGUCCUGACCUCACUGCUGAUCUGCACAACUACCCAAGCCUCUCUGACUGUGAGUCCCAGCAGCUCUCAGCUGUUUAAAGGACAGUCUGUCUCUCUGAGCUGUGAGGAGGACGACAGCUCUGCUGGAUGGACUCUGAGGAGGAACACAACCAGAGACACCAGAACUGAAUGUGGAGCUGACUGGGGAAAACCUGCUGGUUCUGUCUGUACCUUACACAUCGUCCCAUUGGACAGUGGAGUUUACUGGUGUGAGUCCAGAGAGGGAGCAACCAGUAAGAGCAUCAACAUCAGUGUCACUGGUGGAUCAGUGAUCCUGCAGAGUCCUGUCCUCCCUGUGAUGGAGGGACAUGAUGUCACUCUGCACUGUAAAACAAAGACGUCCUCCAACCUCCCAGCUGCUUUCUAUAAAGAUGGCUCCUUCAUCAGGACUGAGCCUGCAGGUCACAUGACCAUCCGCCAUGUAACCAGGUCUGAUGAAGGCCUCUACAAGUGUGACAUCACAGGUCAUGGAGAGUCUCCACCCAGCUGGCUCACUGUCACAGGGAAACCUACCAUCACACCUCCUCCAUCGCCAUCCACUACUGGUUUCUCCUCCUCCUCCUCUUCCUCUCCUCCUCUGUCCUCCUCUCCUGCUGUCUUUGUGUUGCUCUCCUUUCCAUUCUUCUGCGGUGUGGUGCUAGUGGUUGUACUGGCUCUACUGGUGAGACGAUGUGUCCGACGGCAACCUGAAGAGAGUGACCCGGCUCCUGUCCACUCAGCUGUAAGAAGAGCCGCCAGUAAUGAACCAAACAGGACGAGAGAGGAUCCAGUUUAUUCAGCAGUGAGAAGAACUGAAGACGUCAGUUAUGGACAAAUAGUGAUCAAACCAAACAGGACGAGAGAGCCUCCAGCAGAGCCACAGGUCAUCUACUCUUCCCUGAGGUCCACCAUCACACCUUCACACCAGUCCAACCAGUGACGGCUCACUAACUGGUCUCCUCUGACCUCUGAAUGCACCGUGUUUAUCUGUUCAGUGCCACGUUCUGUGUGUCUGCAGAAAGAGACGUGUGUGUCAUCAGAACACCGCAGGGCCACGCCCCCUCUGCUGCAAACGUUAUUUAUAUCAGUGAAUUAAUAAAAAAAUAAUCAUGAUUUGUUUAAA